AUGGAGCAAAUCUUUAAACAUCUAUCUAGCACUUAUGCUCAAAAGGUGUUAUGUUCAGAACUCAUGUUGGCUGACGUUGCAGGCCAUUGGAAGGUGUCUACAUCUCGUACUAGAGUAGAAGCACAACAACGUGCUCUGACGUGGACACAAUUUAAGGACAAAGUGAUGGAAAAAUACUUUCCCAAAGCUCUAAGAGAUCAAAAGGAGAUAGAAUUCCUUCAACAUAAAACAAGGGAAAAAAUGAAGCUUGAGGAUUAUGAGAGAAAAUUUGAACAACUUUCAAGGUAUGCACCACACCUAGUGGAUACUCAAGCAAAGAAAGCAAGAAGGUUUGAACUGGGAUUGCACCUUGAGAUUGGUGGAAUACUGGCAUCCCACCAAUUCACCACCUAUAGCCGAUUAUUGCUGGCUGCCCAAGCAAUCUCAAAUAGGUUGGAAAUUGAUCAAACUCCCCAGCAAGGGGCCGAACCUUCAAGAAAGAGGAAAUGGAAUGGGUCCAACAAGGAGAAAGGAGAAGGACAGAACAAGAAGGCUAACUUCGGAUAA